AUGGCUGCUCAGAAAGAUCUCUGGGAUGCCAUUGUGAUUGGGGCAGGCAUCCAGGGCUGCUUCACUGCAUACCACCUGGCCAAACACAGGAAGAGGGUCCUCCUGCUGGAGCAGUUCUUUCUACCACACUCCCGAGGAAGCUCCCAUGGACAGAGCCGCAUUAUCAGAAAGGCAUACCCUGAAGACUUCUACACGAAGAUGAUGGAUGAGUGCUAUCGGAUAUGGGCCCAGGUGGAGCACGAGACUGGAACCCAACUGCACAGGCCAACUGAACUCCUAUUGUUGGGACUGAAGGAGAAUAUAGAAUUAAAGACAAUCCAGGCAACUCUGUCCAGGCAGGGGAUAGAACACCAGUGUCUUUCAUCUGAGGAGCUGAAGCAAUGUUUCCCAAAUAUUCGGUUCACCAGGGGAGAAGUGGGGCUCUUGGAUAAGACGGGUGGCAUCCUCUACGCAGAUAAGACCCUAAGAGCCCUCCAGGAUGCAAUUUGCCAGCUAGGAGGCACAGUGUGUGAUGGACAGAAGGUGGUGGCGAUAAGACCAGGGCUACCAGUCCUGGUGAAAACCACCUCUAGGAGCUACCAAGCCAAGAGCUUGAUCAUCACAGCAGGUCCUUGGACCAACAUGCUUCUCAGUUCCCUGGGAAUUGAGUUACCACUCCAGGUUCUGCGGAUCAACGUGUGUUACUGGCGAGAAAAGGUCCCUGGGAGCUACAGUGCAUCCCAGGCCUUUCCGUGCUUCAUAGGCCUGGAUCAGGCUCCUCACCACAUCUAUGGGUUGCCUGCAGGAGAGUACCCAGGACUGGUAAAGGUCUGCUAUCACCAUGGCAAUAAUGUGGACCCUGAGGAGCGGGACUGCCCCACAGUUUCUUCAGACAUCCAAGACAUUCAGAUCCUGUGCUGUUUUAUCAGAGACCAUUUUCCUGACCUGAGACCUGAGCCUGACAUCACAGAGUGUUGUAUGUACACGAAUACCCCUGACAAGCACUUUAUUCUUGAUCGCCACCCGAAGUAUGACAACAUUGUCAUUGGUGCUGGAUUCUCUGGACAUGGAUUCAAGCUGGCCCCUGUUGUGGGGAAGAUCCUGUGUGAAUUAAGCAUGAAAUUAACACCAUCCUAUGACCUGGAACCUUUUCGAAUCAGCCGCUUCUCUGGCCGGGGCAAAGCCCACCUUUGAUCUCUGGCCAGCAGCCUCCCUUCUGUGCACAGGAGUCAUCUUCUGGAAGAAUUCUUAGAAGGAUGACAUGGCCCUGAGAUGUGUCCUUUUCUCCAGCUUCUCUUGACUCUUCUAUAAACACCAAAUGAGUCUACUACCCUUCUUUCCCUGGUCAACUACCCAAUUUCAGUUCCUUUUUUGCUUCCAGAAAACCAGAUAUUCAUCAUGGCAGAGUAGCAAAGAACUUUGAAACAGAUGUGUUAGUAGAGAGAGGGUACUAGGACUGAC